AUGUCUCCAAGAAUAACAAGAAACGCACCAGAAACUAAUGGCAGAACUUUGCGCUUCAGGAUCUCCACCCCGUCUGUUUUAAAUCCAAAGAAGCAUAAGGUCUACAAGAAAUAUGGAUUUUGGAGCACCACGAAAGAGUUGGUACUCUUGAAAGAGUAUGCCCGUAUUUUCCCUCCGUUGUGUAAAAAAGGCCAGCAUAUUAGAGCAUGGGAGAAGGUAGCAGAAAGUGUCAAUGCUGUGACACCCAAUGAGACAAAGCUUGCACAAGAUAGUUGUCGUCGAAAAGUAACCGAUCUUUUGAACCUCUACAAGGACAACUAUAGACUCCCGGCUACCAGCGCUAUCUCUGAUCCAAUCAGUUAUAAAGCCGAACUAGAUAAAGCCGUCUAUAUAAUUCAACAAAAGAGGAAACUUUAUGAGAGAAAAAAAGCACACAGAGGAAAACUAGAUUUUGACAUUGAAGGCAGAAUGUUGGAAAUUGAUGAUCUGAUCAAAGAAAUGGAAACUGCACCUCCUAACCGUUUAAAAGAACUACAGGAAGACCUUCAAAGGUUAUGCCAGUCAGAUGCAAAUCAGAGAGUGGGAGUCGGCCGGCCUGAGAACUACUCACACGCCUCUUCUGUGGUUCAAUCGAAUGCCCAGGCUGACAGAGGUGCUGAGGAUGUUAAUGAUCGAAAUGCUAGACUUGACUUUAUGGAUUCCCAGAAGAAGUUUCAAGAGAAAGUUCUGGAGCUCAUGAAAACACAAACUGGGUUCCUUUCUCAUAUAGACAAGCUACUAUGGGAGUGUCUAGAAGAACUUAAAAAAAAAUAG